GUAACUGGGGCGAUGCGAGGCUCUCUCGGCUUGCCAAGACUCUCAGCAGGUCAGGCAGCUUCAAUCGCUGGGCCAGCAUAGAGCAGAACCUUGCCACAAGCUCCGAGCUCCUUCGGCCAUCAAGCUCCGUGUUGGAUGUGCGGGAGCGCGC